AUGUGUAUAGACCCGAAGUUAGUCGACCCUGGCAUCGGCCUGCCGGACACGGAAGAAGGGUGGUCGCAGUGGCCGCUGUGCGGUUUUCUCCCCGGCGACUCCACGCCGGACUCCUCCGCCGAGCCUCAGGGUCCCCCAUCCGACUCCGACGGCACUCCCCCGCCUCAGGCGUCAUCCUCGGCGCACAAGAAAAAGAUGUACGUCGGGAGGAAGCUCUCCGGCGGGAGGAAGAGGAAGGUGAGGGCUUCGGGGAAGCCCAAGACCUCCGUACGUGGUUCGGAGCCGGGAACGCAGAUACUCAAGUGCAAGUGGUGCAGCACUUGGCUGCAGGAGCGCACGAUGCAGCGGCACGUGAACCACAAGCACCCCACGCAUGGGACUGCCAGUGUGCCCGCGUCCGCGAGGACGUGUACGAUGUGCGGCGUCGUCUUCUCGCGCACCGAUGCGUUGCAUCGGCACGAGAGGAUCUGCGGAUAG